GCGUGGGAACACUAUUCAAUAAUGCUAUGAAGGGAGGAGUGGAAGAUGAUAUCUCACUUUCUGCUUAUGUGACAAUUGCUCUGAUAGAGGGUGGUGUACCUCUGAAGGAUCCUCUGGUCAGGGACGCAGUGUCCUGUCUGAAAAAGGCAGCUAGUGAUGUGACCAAUGUAUACACCCUGGCUCUGCUCGCCUACACCUUUACACUGUGUGGAGAGACAAAGUUCAGAAAGACUAUACUGGACAAACUGGAGAAAAAGGCUGUACGAGGAGAUGGACAGCUCCACUGGAAACGGGAUUCUGAUCCUCCCAAGAAAGAUUCAUACUGGCACAGAGCUCCAUCUGCUGAGGUGGAGAUGUCUGCCUAUGUCCUCCUGGCUCUACUCCAUGGGCCUGAACCUGACCUGGUCGAAACUGCAGGGAUUGCAAACUGGUUUAGAAAACAGCAGAACCCUUAUGGAGGCUUCUCAUCUACACAGGACACAGUUAUGGCUCUUGAAGCUCUGGCCAAGUACUCAGAGCUCACAUUCAGUGAUAAGGGUGAUGUGACUACGACUGUCACUUCCAGCACAGGAUUUCUGGAGAAGUUCCAUGUAGACAAAAACAACCGUCUCCUCCUCCAGAGAGCAACACUACCAACUGUUCCCGGAGAAUACAUGAUUUCAGCCACAGGGAACGGCUGUGUUUUUGUACAGACAGUCCUGAGAUACAAUGUCCCUCCACCCAGAAGAGACAUCAGCUUUUCAUUAAAGGUGACACCACAUUUAACCAGAGAGUGUCUGGGGGAUCCAGUGACAAAUUUUGAGAUUCUUAUCAGUGCUACAUACACUGGAACCCGGGAUAAAUCCAACAUGGCUAUUAUAGAGGUGAAGAUGCUGUCUGGACACAUUCCGGUCAAGAGUACAGUGAAGAAGCUGCAGAAGGACCAACUGAUACAGAGAAGUGAAAUACAGAUGGACACAGUCACUUUAUAUCUGAAUCAGGUGGGACAUGAUACUAUAAAUCUCUCUUUUAUGGUGGAGUAGAUUAUUGAAGUCAAGAACCUGAAACCAGCCACAGCAAAAGUUUAUGAUUACUAUGAAACAGAUGAGCAAGCAGUGGCAGAAUACAAUCAUCCCUGUAACACUGAUGACAUAUUCAGCAAUUCAAGUUGAAGACAAAAUAACA